CUAGUAGCACCGCCGCCCACUCCGACUGUCCGCCUGAGCUCUGAUGGCAAAGCAGCCUGGUGAUAUGUCGUAGCCCGCAGGAACCAUCCAAUAUAGUUGGGCGACAGAUUUACGUGGAUGGAAGAGGUAAAUGGAAGAGUUUUGCGUCGGAGAUGAGAAAUUGCUGGCCAAGUGCAAGGAAAUAUGCUCAUGGUUUCCCAGCGACAAAGCUCUCAAGUUGCACUCGAUGUGCCUGCAUUUGGAAGUGACAUCAGAUGAACUGAAGCGGGUGGUUCCUAAUGACAAGGGGGGCAAUCUCAAUGGAGAUUCUCCUCUCUGCAAUGGCAGAGGCGAUGGAGUCGCCGGAUCCUCGACAACGAGCUCGUUGGUACAAGUACCACUCCCGCCUCUCAUCGCCGACGCCAGAGGCAGAAGGGCUGGUAAAUUCGCGUGUUAUUGAUGUUGUCGGCGAGGAAAGAAAAGAGGAGGAUAAAGAUUCUGACAACGAAGAGGAGGAAGAGGAUUCUAAGGAGAUGGAGGAAGAAGAGGAUUUUGGCGAGGAAGAGGAUUCUAACGAGGAGGAGGAAGAGGAUUCUGACAAGGAGGAUGAGCAGGAGGAGGAUAUAGCGGAGGACAUCUACCAGGGGUUUGGAGAUCAUCGCAUCGGAGGAGGUUGUAGAAGAGGUGGUCUAUCAGGGGGGUAUGGAGAUCAUCGUUCAUCCUUCGCCGGCAGACAUGAAUCUGAUGAUUCCACUGGACGAAGAGGAUGAGCAGAUGGAUGACUAGGAGCUAUUGGAGGCUGGUGCCGGGGAGGAUCUGCCGCUACUCAGCUUGGAGGCCAAGCCGGGAUACAAAACUACCCCAAUAGUGGUGGAGCAGUAUGAGCUCUCGACUCAGUUUGAGGAGAAUGCUCAAUGGUCCCACCACCGCUUAGCUCGCCAUCUUAAGUGUCUCCAACCCCUUUCUAGCUAGUUCUGAGGUUCCGACAUGUGGAUGCCUAGUGUUUGCUAAAAAUAGUAUGUUGUUCAGGUACUAAGAUUUGCAGAGCUUAAUCAUGUAGGUAACUUUUGUUUGAAUGUGCUUACUAAGUUA